AUGAUACUGGGUAACAAUUUCUGGUGGCCUGGAAAUAGUGAAAGGGACUUUAGAAUCUUGAUAAUUUCUGCUAGAUUUUGUUCCUGGAAUUUGGGAAGAAUGGAUAAUGAGUUCCAUUUAAGUGAAUUCAAGAGCAUCAAAAAGCUUGGAUCGGGCCGCUUUGGUAAGGUGCUAUUGGUUGCCACAUCCAGGGACCACCAUAUUUCGGAUUUAGCCAGUGUCAAUGGAGAAUUUUACUAUGCAAUAAAGAUAGUAGGCAACACGAAACUGGACAAGCCGAUUCUCAAUCUGUCCAAUGUGUCCAAUAUCAACCGAGUAAAGAACGAGGUUCGCAUUAUCAAGUUACUGCGCAGUUUUCAACAUCCCAACAUUCUUCAAUCGUACAGCGUAAUCAGCCACUCAUCCAACAAUCGAAUAUAUUUUGUCAGCGAGUACUGUUCCAUCGGAGAGCUGAAUCGCACUAAUUUUGCAACCUAUCCGGCAGCAAAGGACAAGAUGGAGAACGUACAGACCAAGCUUCGAGACGUGGUCAAUGGUCUGGAGUUUCUCCAUUUGCAAAAUAUUAUACAUAGAGACAUUAAACCAUCCAACUUACUGGUUGAUCACCAUGGCAGGGUCAAGAUUUCAGACUUCGGAACAUGCUAUAAACUCACAGGAAAUGUACUAGAAGACAACUUCGAGGUGUUUAAGAAGAUCGUGGGGACGCCGCUGUUCAUAGCGCCGGAGAUCUGCGAAAAUGAAAAUACAAAGGAGCAGACUACAGGCAAGUCUGGGUUCUCGCUAUUCAAAUUCAAAAAAGAGAAAGAGUCCGAUCCGGGAUACAAGAUUGAUGUCUGGUCCCUUGGAAUCACUCUGUUCUAUCUCUUCUUCGAGACUUUCCCUUUCUACAAUGAGAACGAGUUCAAAUUAUUCCAUGAUGUGGUAGAAAAAGACAUUGUGUUCCCGCCGUUCGCGGAAUGCUACACGCUCAAAAGACUGAUCGAUGCUAACUACGGCUACGACUACAACUCAAAACUCGUCUCAUACUUUAAGUCUCUCGUUGAACUGCUGCGCAAAAUGCUGGAAAAGAAGCCCGAAAAUCGGGUCACAUUAAAAACCGUCAAAACGCACAAGUUGUUGAAAUAUUUUGUUGAUUCGAAAACCCAUCAAGCAUACCUCAGACUCAAUGAUAAUGUGCUCAAGAGAUCUGGCAGCUCGGGCCACCUGUUGCGCAAUUCUCGCUCCGGAGACCUCCUCAGCGAUUUCGACGAGGUGGCAGACACGUCGCGUUUCAAAGGAUUUUCCAAGUUGUUGAAUCUUUCCGGCUCUGGGACGCCAGAAUCAGAUUUUUCAGAGGCCUCGGUCAUCAACAACUCUGUUGUCUCGCUGCCUAUCAACACCAAACACCGCCAUCUUCAAAAUGCCAACGAACACCAAAUCAAUAAGCCUGCUGCGCCUUUCGUUGCUCCACAAGCUGCCAAAAAUAGAAAUUCUGUCAACACAAUCAACUCUUUACCCACCAAGCUCACCGAGGUGGUCACGCCCGACCUCCAGAGCCCGCUUCUCGCGCAACCAACUUUUGCUCCGCCAAAAAUAUACUCGACAAGCUCUGCGGCCUCAACAGGCUCCAGCACAACAUCCUUGAGUAAGCUGAAGGUCAGCAACAGAGUCAACUUCAAAGACGUGCUCGGCGAAAACUACAACUCGCGCAAAAUGUACACGAUGGACCAAUAUCUAAGUAAGGAUUAA